AUCCCAUACUGCUCCCCUGUGACAGGCAGAUGCAGCUGCUGGAUAAAAAUACUCUCAGAGCCUCACUUCUCCCAAACAAGGGGAGGACAUACACUCCCACACACACUCCCACAACCUCUACAAUGCAUCCAGUUUCUUCACCAUGCAUCAGGACUAUUCCUCCAGCACCCCCUUCAUGGUGUACAUAGUCCACCUCUGAGAGAGAGAGAGUUCCUCUCUCAGCACAAGCAGCAGCCACCUUUCUCUUUCUGCAAGAUGACCCAACAGAAAAUGGAUGCUGUGGAGGUGUUUGCAGCUGGAGAGAAAGGCCGCGGCCUCCGGACCACCAAGGAGAUGAAGGCUGGUGAGGUGGUGUUUGCAGAGGCCAGCUUCGCUGCUGUGGUCUUUGAUAGUCUGUCCAUGGACGUAUGUCACAGCUGCUUCCGCAGACAGGUUAAUCCACACCGCUGUGCCCAGUGUAAGUUUGCCUACUACUGUGACCGCACGUGCCAACGAGCUGCAUGGGAGGAACACAAGAACGAGUGUGCCGCCAUCAAACAGCGUGGCAAGGCACCCAGUGAGAAUGUGCGUCUGGCGGCGCGAGCUAUAUGGCGCAUGCAGAAGCACAAAGGAAAAGUCUUUGACACACAGCUGACAACUCUAGACCUCUUGGAGGACCACAUCUCUGCAAUGACCCCAGAGGACCUUAAAAAGCUUAAAGUGGAUGUUGACAACUUCCAGGACUACUGGCAAGGCAACAGCAAGCAGUAUACCGCAGACUACGUCUCACAUAUCUUUGGUGUGAUUAACUGCAAUGCCUACACUAUGAGUGACCAGCGUGGGCUCCAGGCAGUCGGGGUGGGCCUCUUUCCUAACCUCUGUCUGGUCAACCAUGACUGCUGGCCCAACUGUACAGUCAUUCUCAAUCAUGGCAGUCAGACAGCUCUGGACUCAGCUUUACACUCUCAGAGGAGGAUUGAGCUGCGUGCCUUAGAAAGCAUCCCAGAAGGUGUUGAGUUGACGGUCAGCUAUGUGGACUUCUUAAACUUAUCCAAAGAUCGUCAGAAGCUGCUCAAGAAGCAGUAUUACUUUGACUGCAAGUGUGAGCACUGCAGCAAUGGCAUCAAGGAUGACCUCAUGAUGGCGGUGAAAGAGACUGAUGGCAAAAAGCCUUCGGCCGAGCUGGUAAAGAAGGUUACAGACUUUAGUGUGGAGGCCUUGGCUAAAAUUGAACAAGCUCACAUGGAAGGAAAUUUUCAUGAGGUCGUUAAAAUCUGCCGUGAGUGCUUGGAGAAGCAAGAACCGGUGCUGGCUGAGACACACCUCUACCUCCUGCAGGUGUUCAGGGUGAUCAGCGAGGUGCUGUCAUACCAGCAGUCCUUCCAGGAGGCUGCAGAAUACACACGCAGGAUGGUCGAAGGUUACAUGAAGCUCUAUCACCCAAACAAUGCUCAGCUUGGCAUGGCUACCAUGAGAGCAGGUGUGACACACUGGCACGCAGGGCUGAUCGAAGCUGCUCAUGGUCUGAUCUGUAAAGCUUAUGCAAUCCUCAUGGUUACACAUGGACCCCAUCACCCAAUUACAAAGGACUUAGAGGCUAUGCGCACACAGACAGAGCUGGAGCUGCGCAUGUUUAAGGAGAAUGAAAACGUCUACCACAGGAUGCGUGAGGAGGCUCUGAGCAACAAACACAUGGCCAGUCGUCUAAUCAAGAGCAAAUAGAUCUUCAAACACAUGCAACUAAUUUCAUCACACCUAAGAAAAGCAUAUCUGCAGUGAUGGAGUUUCCCAACCUAGAGCUGGAAAAGCCCUCAAAACUAUUAAUUACUAAUGUGAAAUUAAUGUAGCAGUGUUGAGGUUGAAACAGAAGGAAAAAGUUCACUGGUUGGUAAAUUUCCAUGUAUGUCUCUCUGAUUUGGAAAAUGUUUUGUGUAAAUAAACCUUACAAGACAUGGAAAUUGCCCAAUAAAUUUCAAAUAAAGUGUUUCUAGUUCUUUACACUUUUACACAACACUCACUAGCAUUGUGAAAACUGUCCAAGGUGCAAGGACAAGGUUCUUGGACCUAAUACAGAGUCUGAUUACAUGGCAUACACUGCAGAAAAUAACAUCUUGUAUAUUUUUUCUUUUGUAAAAUACAGUAUAUUGAACUAGAAGGACACUCGGCAGAGUGCAUACCUCCGACAAGCCACAUACCAAACCUUCUUGUUGACUUGAACAUGGUUUCUAACUGAAUUGCUUCAAUCUACAAGGAAUUAAAAAUAAAACAAAA